GUUAAUUUGUGUAUAAAUAGGCACCCCUAGUUUUUUGAGGAAACAUCAGGGAAUCAAGGGAGUAGCUGACCAAGUUAAUUAAGCAAAUUACGAUCAUAUUCAGAAAUUGAUUAAACACAAUGGGGAGAUCUCCCUGUAGUGAUGAAAGUGGUCUCAAGAAAGGACCGUGGACUCCAGAAGAGGAUCAAAAGCUUGUGCAAUACAUUGAACAACAUGGCCAUGGAAGUUGGAGAGCUCUUCCAAGGCUUGCAGGUCUCAAUAGAUGUGGCAAGAGUUGCAGGCUAAGAUGGACGAACUACUUAAGACCUGAUAUCAAAAGAGGCAAAUUUUCUGAAGAAGAGGAGCAAACAAUUCUUCAUCUCCAUUCUAUCCUUGGAAACAAAUGGUCAGCAAUUGCAACACACUUAGACGGCCGAACGGACAAUGAAAUCAAGAACUUCUGGAACACACAUUUGAAGAAGAAGCUGAUCCAGAUGGGUUUUGAUCCAAUGACCCAUCAGCCAAGAACUGAUCUAUUUUCCAGCUUAUCUCAGCUUUUAGCCCUAGCUAACCUGCAGGAUCUCAUGCAGCAAUAUCAGCCCGCAGAUCACAUUAAUCAACAUGCUGCAACAUUACAAGCAGAUCAAGCAGUUCAGUUGUCCAAGCUUCAAUACAUGCAGCAUUUACUUCAAUCCGUACCUUAUACAAGCAACACUGACAAUUACAGGCAAAACAGAAGCACCGAGAUGGAAAUGGAAAUGGAUGAUCAGGCUUUUAAUUUGCUAAACUCACUUAAUAUUUCUCCCAUCAAAGAAAACCCAAAUUUUAAUUCACCACAACUGGAAAAUCCAAGCUCAUUUUCUGAUCACGGAUAUGGUCGUAAUUCUUCUCAACCACUCCACCAUCAUCAAACCCAACUGCCUUAUGACCUAGCAGACCCACAAGUCCCUUUCAGUUCUCUACCAUCUUUGAAUAACAGUGAUCAUGAAAUGGGCCAGGGCUCCAACUUUAAAAUGGUCAGUAGUCAAGAAAAUAACCUACCCGAUGAAUCUCCAUGGUUUAAUAAUCUUUUAUCUCCUACUGCUCCCUCUAUUCCUCCCUCUAUUUCUCCAACCAGCAAUGUUCCUGGAGAUGCGUGCUGCAGCAGUUCUAGCUAUGGAGGCAGAAGUAGUAAUUCUUCAUCCUACUGGCCUGAACUAUUUCUUGAGGACGCCAAUUAUGGUUGACAAUUCUUAGUUAAAUAUUAUUUCACAGAUUCUCCCUAUAUAUAGUGACUUAUUGCAUGCAUUUGCAAGCGUAUAUAUGCCAAAUACAAAUACGUGUAUGUCAUGCAUAUCUAUGUAUACUUGUACAUGUACAACUAGCUUGUAUAUUUACGCAUUAUAUACAUAUAUAUAUGGACAUUAUUGUUUUGGGAUGAGUA